AUGACAGACUGGACAUCGAAUGCGAAUGAUGUGCUUACACUCCGUCUAGUUCAUACCGACCAUGCUACCUCCAGUGAGGACCCUAUCGCCACGCCUUUCCACCCAAGAUUCACAUAUCCAAUAUUUGGUGACGAGGAGAAGAUCUAUGGGUAUCAGGGGCUCGUGGUGAACCUAUUGUUUUCAUCAGGAUCUUUAGCCAUGUGCCUCAAUAUUCAAUCGACUGCGCGCCUCCCUGCUUCAACCAAGGAUGAUAUAGAAGGGAUAUUGUACAAAUUCAUACCAUCCGAUUACCUUAAAAACGAAACUGACUUCAAGAAGCGUGUACAAGAUGAUGCGAUAUCUUUCAGACCGUGUGGCAGCCUCAUCUAUUCUUAUUCUCGGCCUUCAUUACUUCACCUCCCGAAAAAUGACAAGGAAUACAACCUCAAAGAUGAUCCAGGUUACCAAGAUUCGAUCUUUGAAGUUUACCACAACAAAUGGGAUACCCCCGGUUUCUUGAAUCUUCACCGUAGAAUGCAAAUAUUUAUUCUAUUAUAUAUCGAAGCAGGUUCGUAUAUCCAAGAAGACGAGGAUAAAUGGCAGUUCCUAGUCUUAUACGAGCGCAGAAGACGAAGAGGAUAUCCUGACACAUUCCACUUCGUGGGGUAUUGCUCGAUGUACCCCUUUUUCUUUUGGCCGGAUAAAGUGCGCUUACGCUUGAGUCAGUUCGUCAUUCUCCCACCAUACCAAAACCAGGGGCACGGAGCGCAUUUAUAUACCGCUCUUCAUCAGCACGUUAUGGCAACCCCAUCCAUUGCCGAACUCACUAUCGAGGAUCCCUCAGAGGCAUUUGAGGAUCUUCGCGAUAAGACAGAUCUAAAAUUCCUGCUGAGGCUCACUGAUUUCAUCAAAGAAGGCUAUGGUUUUGAAGAGCGUUAUGAAGGGAAAGGAAAGGAGAGAUUUGUUAUUGGCGGGAAACUCGGUCCACCAGCCGAUAAAGUUUGGGUUGAAACAUGGAGGAAGAAACUUAAGAUUGCAUCGCGGCAAUUCGACCGCCUUAUCGAGAUGCUUAUCCUGCGUAAACUCGAUCCCGUCAAUGAAGGGGGGCUGCGAGCUUUCCGACUCCAGGUGAAAGAGAGAUUGUAUCGAUUUAAUUUUGAGAUACUGGUUACCCUCGACGAAAAGGAACGCAAGGAAAAACUCGAGGAAACGUUCCAGUCCGUUAUUGAUGGAUACCAAGUCAUUCUGAGCCUGAUUGGAUAG